UUUUCAGAUAUUCAUCUGAACAUGCGCCAUUCUAAAUACAAUUUAGAAACCUCCACGACCAUAGCGAAAUCAGAGUUGUUCUGUAUCUGCUGUACACUGGUGUGAAUUUUCAUACAUAUAAUAUUUAUCUCAAUUUAUGAUGUCCAGAGUAGAAGAAGUCGAAGAAGUAGAGCAAUUGGAUAGCGGCAUGGGUAGUAGCGACGCACAUUCUCCCGAGGUGAAAUCGCUUCUUCCUGACGAUGAGGAUGACGAAGAGGAUGAAAGCUUGGCAGAACGAUUAUUGGGACUUACGGAAAUGUUUCCGGAAAAAGUACGAAACGUGGGAUAUAAUAUCGGCACUUGUUUAUGCAAUUGUAUGAAAGGAUUAUAUAUGUAUUCAUGUUCAGCAGCAUGGGUAUUCUUCAGCUCAUCUGCUAUUUUAUUUGCACCUAUAUUGUUUGAGAUAGAACGAGUACAAAUGGAAGAAGCACAACGGUCGCAACAGAAGCAGGUCUUGCUAGGACCUAGUAAAGCCAUGUCGAACGUGAAUGCUUCAAGUCUUCCAAUGGCUCCACCAGUUCAGCAAUAAUAGCAACGAUACCAUUGAUGUUGCAUUCAAAUUACCAUAAGUCGAACAUCCUGUUCACUGUUUAUAUUUAUAUUAGUAUAACUUGAAUCUAUUCUAAUAUCUCACUGAUAUCUACACAUUCGUAAGAUUAUCAUACUUGCUACAAAAAUCUAAAUGAUACAUAGAAGAAUGAAAUGAAUUAAAGCGAAUUUAAAAAUAAUAUCUACGCUACGUUUAUUCGUUUUUCGUUUUAGAAUAUCUGUUUUAUAUCAAAACGAAUUCACCAACAUUUUAUCAUAUCAAAUUUAAGCAUCGUAAUAUUUCCUUAUAAAAUAUUAGUAAAAUAACACUCCAUUUCAUGUAGUGCACCGUUAUCUAUAAUCUAUAAAAUCACUAAAUCCUUUCGUAAUGUUAGCACCUAUAAGGUAUCACAUGUUGUAUCAUAAGACGUUGAAUAAACAUAUAGUGAAGAAUGUUUUUCAA